AUGAAUGAUAAUGAAUUUGAAUUUGAUGUAUUAAAUGAAUCACAAGGUGCAGCAACAGAAAGUACAAGUGUUUGUUCAAAUGGAACUAAUAAUAAUAAUAGAAAGACUUUACUCUCUGAAGGAAAGCAUAUUUUUAUAACUAAUCAAACUAGUUUAAUUAAUGAAUUGGUUUCAUUUGAAGAAUUAAAAAUAUUUUUAAAAGAUCAAUUAAAUGAAAAUAAUAAAGAAAAGAUGGAAAAUAAAAUUCAUUAUUGGGUUGAUUUACAAAGUUUAACAAAUUCGGAAAUUUCAGAGAUUUGUGAUAUUUUAUCAAUUCAUCCAUUAACUAAAAAGGAUAUAAUUAGACAAGAGACAAGAGAGAAAUGUGAAUUCUUUUCAAAUCAUAUCUUUUUAGUUGUGAGUGAAAUUCAUUAUGCACCAGGAUCAAAUGUAUUGGUUGCAGGUACAUUGAAUAUGUUGUUAUUCCCACGUAUAGUAUUCACAUUUCAUCAAGAGGAAUUGCAAAGUACUUAUCAAGUGAUUCGUAUGAUGAAAUACAAUCAAAGUGGUGGUUUACCAUCUAGUGGUUGGAUGAUAUAUGCAUUCCUCGAUAGUAUUGUAGAUAUUUACAUUGACUUGGUGGAUAAGAUAAUGUUGGAAACUCAAUCACUCGAUGAAUUAGUAUUGGUGUUGAGUGGUAUAAAACAGAAUGAACUGUUCACACGUAUUGGUUUAGCAGGUCGUCGUGUUACAAAUUUACAUAGUGGUGUAUUUGGAAAGAGUGAAAUUAUCUCUGUGUUACUUAGAGAUGAGAAAUUAAUACCAAUAGAUAUGAUGAGAUAUCUAAAGAAUGUACAAGAUCAUAUACUUAGAAUGUUACAAAAGUUAACGUUAUCUCAACGUUUACUUUCAAAUUUAAAUAAUAUAUAUAUGGCAAGAGUAUCAUUAGAAGUUAGUGAUGCUUCUAAUUCUGUAAAUAGAAAUAUGAGAAAGUUCACUGCAAUCUCUACAAUCUUCAUUCCAUUAACACUCUUGGCUGGUAUCAUGGGUAUGAAUGUUAGAUUACCUGGUAUGGUUGGUUUCCCACAUGGUGAUUCUUAUUAUUUCUUUAUUGGUAUAAUUUUAAUUAUGCUUUUAUUCUCAAUUAUUGUUGGUAGUUUAUUUAAAAGAGCAAAAUGGUUAUAA